ACAAAGGCGCUGCCGAACUGGAAAAAUGACAGGAAUGAAGGAAUGAGUAAUGGAACAAAUCUCAUUUUACCACAAAGUCUUCGUGAGACUUUAUUUCAGAUAGCGAAGCGUGGUUUCGGUUCACACGUCUGUAUCCGUCGCGGCUCUGAGGGUUCAGUAUAAUGGAGGCAGUCCUGAACAGGCUGCAAAGCCUGACCCCAGAUGAGCUGCGGAAUGAGCUCACAAAGGCAGGACUGAAAUGUGGACCUAUAACUGCUACCACAAGGGGCAUCUUUGAGAAGAGACUUGCCCGAGCCCUUGUGGAGGAUCAGCCGGGAGAGUGCAGUAGGUCAGAGGUGGAAGGUGGAGAAACUGGUAGCUCUUCAGACGACGCUCAGUCUCCACCAGCUCCUUCGGAUGUGCUGAGGUCGGACGCGAGUCCAUCAACGCAUCUUUCUGAAGAUGCUACUCAGCAGACGUCUCCUGAAUCUCCCCCUUUAUUUUAUGGGGUUUUGCCACCUCUAGAUGAUCCAUUGCUCGAUGAUGGUUUCCUCCAUGUUUACGAUGACAGGCAGAAAGCACUAAAAGCAGUGAUGAAGAUCAAAGGUGCACGGUUUAAAGCUUUCCAUAACAGAAUGGAUGCUGAGAACUUCGCGAAGGGCUUGUCUGAUGGUGGCGGGACACCCAGCAAAAAUUCAACGGACAAACUCCAGGUUACAUCUCCAGAGAAAUCACCAAAUCUGGAAACGGCCCAUCUGGAGAAGGCUAAUGAGUUCAGAAGUCCACGCAUACAAGAUCUAACAACAAAACUUAGAAGAGCUGUGGAGAAAGGAGACACGGAGGCUUUUAAAGAGCUUGUCCGGGAUAACCCAAGAUACCUUAUAGGACCUGGAGACACCCCAACCAUUGUCCAGGAAGGCUGCAGAUACAACGUCCUUCAUGUAGCAGCAAAAGAGAACCAAGCAGAGAUGGCAUGCCUCAUAUUGGAGACCCUACAGAGUCCGGAGUUCAUGCGUCGCAUGUAUCCUGAUGAUCAGGAAGACAUGCUGUGGCAACGAAUCGGCUACAUCGUGGAUCUGUACCUCAACACACCCGAUAAAGGGAGCAAUGAGACGCCACUGCACUUCGCUUGUAAGUUUGGAUGCCCAGAGGUAGUGAACGUUCUUUGUUCACAUCCAGACGUUGAUAAGAACUCCAGGAACAAGUAUGGACAGAUGCCACUUAGUAUAAUAUGUCAAAGGAACAACAAAAAUAAAGAAACUAAAGAAAGGAUUCAAGGAUAUUUGGAGGAUCGUUUUUUCGUACCUUUACUGAGAGCCACAGAUAACACCCUCAACCCAGUGAUUGGUGCAGCCUGGGCCCCUGGCACCUCUAAAUAUUGGGAUGUGUCACUAAGCCCUGGGUUGAUAGAAGAUCCUAAAAAUCCAUUGAUGACCAUUAGGGCGUUUGUAGGCCCUCUGAACUUAUCGAAGGCAGAAGAGUUUCACAAGCUGUGGAAAACACCGUCUCGUGAUCGAGCAAGAUACUUUCAUCACAUUUUAAAAUCGGAUCCUGAUCGAGGAGCAGAGAGAGUAGGAAGGGAAUUGGCGCAUGAGAUGGGGUACCCCUGGGCUGAAUACUGGGACUUCUUGAAUUGCUUCACUGACCUUUCCACAGAGGACGGCUUGAGCGUGAUGGAGGAUUAUUUGAACAAACAGAAGAAUGAUCCAGAGAAGAGGUUUUCAGACUUAAGAAGUCCUGAAUCACUCACUGCUUGUAAAAAGGCACCUAAAAUCGACACACUGCUCGAUGAUCAGCUGUCCCCUGGGACAUCGGUGGCCCGAGACAGCUGGACGGAAGGAAACGCCUCUGCGUCUUUCAGUAACAGGUUUCCGGUGUGUGACCUCAGGAAUGAAUUUGAGAAGGUUGCCCUGGACCUGGCUCCUGGUGCUGAGGAUUCAGCAGAUUCGGGUUUAGGUUGUCUCGCUGCGUCUGGUUUAGAUGGAAGCUCUUUAGAAGCGUGGGGCCGGACAGAGAGAGAGGAGGACGACUCCGGCUCAGAGGAGUACCACACAGCGGAUGAGGAUACCGACGCCGUCUGCCAGACCCACAGCAGUGGAGUGCCAGUGACACGAGCACGAGGGAUUCUGGACCAUACCAGUUCCUGCAGCUGUGAGGACGAAGAUCUGAGCAGUUCUGUGUCUUCCUGCUCCUCUUACAAAUCCACACACAGCACACCUGACCAUGCUGAGGAGUUUCAGCCAUGUGUUUUUCUCGCCGGUGACUCUCCCAGUAAGCUGGACAGUGAGGUUUGGUUCGCAGUGACUGGAAUAGACAUCGAUGAGCAGCGCUUCCCUUGCAUUAGCAGAUGGAGGAACGUUGUUGGUUCUUAUCCUGAAUCUCAGAGGCACCGAUGGCCGAGUGUUACAGUGACAAACCGACACACGACGAGCCAGACAUCUACUCCUCGCAGAAUUACACACAGCUGGCUAACAGGCUCGCCCAGCUUCCUCAACAUGAACAAGUUCAUCCCUGCAUCAUCUAACGAGGAUGAAGAUAAGGACGAUGACAUCCGUGCUCCCCUUUAUAAGGACGUCGAGGUUCGGGGAAUCCAGUUUCGGAUGAAGUGGUGUUCCGCGUGCAACUUCUACAGACCCCCUCGCUGCUCCCACUGUAGAGUGUGUGACCACUGUGUGGAGGACUUUGACCAUCAUUGCCCCUGGGUGAACAACUGCAUCGGGAGACGGAACUACCGCUUCUUCUUCCUCUUCCUGCUGUCACUCAGCGUGCACAUGGUGGCCAUUUUCUCUGGGGGUCUCCUGUAUGUACUGGACCACCUGGAAACCCUGUGGGAGCUACGUUCAACUGUCACUUUGUCCAUCAUGAGCAUGUCAGGCCUUUUCUUCAUCCCCGUUAUGGGAUUGGCAUGCUUCCAUAUGGUCCUGGUGGCAACAGGACGAACCACGAACGAACAGAUGAAUAGGAAGUUCCAAGGAGGAGAAAAUCCCUUUACACGUGGCUGCUGUGGCAAUGUGGAGUUUGUUCUGUGUAGUCCUAUUACUCCAAGAUACACCAGGAAGAUGGGAAACAAGCAGACUGUUCACAUACAACCACCGUUCCAAAUACCAGAGUCCCUCAAAAUGUCAUCCAUUAAAGUUGAAGACAAUGGAAUCCAAACUGAAAUGCUUUCUGUAAAGCGACAGUCUGCAGGAGAACUGGAUAUCUCUGGGUGUAAACAGCUGAGCACAGUGCCCCCUCUGCCACCCAAACCUGACCCAGUUCUGCUCAAGAACCACCUGGCCACGUUGCAAGAGAGCUUACUGCAAUCCAAAAGUGCAGUGCUGUCUGUCCAGAGCGCCAUCGAUCAGACGGUAGAGUCAUCUUCCAGAGUGCAUUAUCAAGUUCCCAGGGAGCAGACGGAGUGCAUGACGAACCCCCAGCGCCACAUAAGUGGUUUUGCCCAGGAUCCAUUUUUUGAAUCUGGAAUGGAGCAAACGGAGAACCAUACUCCCGUCUCUACCCAUCUAGUCCUGCAGUCGAGUACACUUCCCAUGAAUGCACUCAUUCUGAACUCCCACUCGCUCACUUUGAAACAUGCCCACUGCAGAGGAAACAGAACCCAUCAGUGUCCCAAUUCUGUGCCAACUUCCUCCGCCCAGGGCAUCCUCAGCCUCUCUUAUGACAGCCUUCUCAGCCCAGCACAACGCGGGACCUUCAAAGUGAACUACCUGCCAUCUUUCCUUCCCUUAGAUCCGAGUCUGGCCAUCAGGUGCCCAGCAGGUGCCCAGCAUGCACCCUCCCGUACCUGUAGCCCAAGUUUUACUGGCACGAGCAGGCAGUCUCCUGUGCACUACGACAGCCUUCCCAAACCUGCCAUGAGUGCUAUCCAGGAACGCCAUGAACUGGAGGAACUAGAAAAGCAGCCAUCUUUCCUUCCCAUUGAGGAUAUGUCUGUCUAUGACACACCCAGUGGGUACAGCCUGCCAUCCCGGAGGCCCACUCCACCUGCCUAUGGCUCUCGAGAAUUCCUCUUGAGCAGUGCAGCGUAUGGCUACGCCUCCUCGAUCCGACGAGCAUCCAGGACUUCCAGCUCAUCCAUGCAUGCCAAUAUGGCCCUCCAGAGUUGCUCAGUCUCACCCUUGGCUUGUAGUUCUCUAGAGCACCAUGCUCAGCACUCAACUUUGUCUAUUCCAUGUCUGAUGCCCAGCUCCUCCUACACAGCGCAGAAAGCUCUGGCUUUAAUCACUACCUCAGAGAGAAAAGACUCAAAUCCAUAGUAUGAGCCCUUGAUUCUCCCAGUCUGUGAAGAAUGUCCCAUUUAUCAUUGUUUGAUUUCACAUGCUUAUAUGUCUCACCUUUUUUUUUUUUUACAGCUUUAUUAUAGAAAGCAGUUAAACUUUUUCAGAUAUUGGCUCUAAUUGGCUUUUGCGAUUGUAACCAAUAUCUGAAUUGGUUGAUAAGUUGAACUGUUAGCAGUGUAAUACUUCCCAUUAGUAGAAAACGUAUAAUAAUCUUCAUUGAUAGACAUAUAACAGUUGCUGUUUGUUCUCUUCUGAACAGAAGUGAAGAACAGUUUCAUGCUAUACAAUAUUCUUUUUAGCAGU